AUGGGCCUGGCCUUCGAGACGGACGUCCCUCGAGGAGACCCGAUUCGGGAGAGAGCCGCUUAUGACCCGUUCCACCGUGCCGACUCUGACAGUGAGGACGGCGUGCCUUGUGUGCCUCGAUUGGGUGAUGCUCGAGAGGACGAUGGUGAUGAUGCUACGGAGGAUGGGAGUGACGAUGGUAGCCGGGAUGAUGGUAGAGGCACGGGAGACCCUGCCGAAACUGAAGAAUGGAUUCGUGCUAUGGAACGAAUCUUUCGAUUUUUGAGAUGCAACGACGCAGAACGUCUUAUGUGCGUGUCUUACCAGUUGAAAGGAACCGCCGACUAUUGGUGGGAAGCAAAGCAGAAAACUAUGGCCCCGGAGCAGUUAGAUGAACUCACUUGGGAGCUUUUUAAGACUGCUAUGUGUGAAAAGUUCAUACCCAGAAGCUAUAGGAAAAAGAAAGAAAUGGAAUUUACCACUUUGAAGCAAGGGAAUAAAAUUGUAGUGGAGUACGAUCGACUAUUCUGCGAUCUGGCCCGCUAUGCACCGUAUAGGGUGGAUACGGAUGAGAAGAUGUCCGAGUUGUUUUGCGCCGGACUGCGACAAGAGAUAAGAGUUGUAUUGGCAAGUCAAACGGCACUUUCCUAUGCCGAGGCCUUGAACAGAGCUCUAGAUAUGGAGCUAGCAAUGCAACCAGAGAAAGCAACACACGCACUAACGCCUCCAUCAGCUCAAUAUACGCAAGUAUCAAACACUCCCUACUCUAACCAAGGACAGAAAGGAAAACGCAAAUGA